UUUUCUAUUUUCGUCAGGUGGGUCUGUUAAAUUGCAGUUUACAACAAUUUGCUCCAGAUUUUGUCAAUUUAGCAGUAGCAGCAGCCACUUUGAUCUAAAAGAAAAUGGCUUUUCUACUCAACAAUUCCAUUUCUUCUCGCCUUCGAUCUCAUUCUCAUGAAAGUUUAUCAUCAUCUGUUCCGCGUCGUGGAUUCCAUGUCGAACUGGGUGCUCGAGAGAAAGCUCUCUUGGCAGAAGACCCUGCUCUCCGUCGAUUCAAAUCCCACAAGACGGGCGUAAGGAGACUUAAAAGAGUGGCAGAUGUUCUCACUAUUGUUGUUGUAGCAGGGUGUUGCUAUGAAAUUUACGUCAAAGCUACUAUGAGGGAGGAGGCUCGGAAGGCGGCUGGUGAAAGUGCGUAAACAAAAGCAUGCAACUCAUGGUCAUGACAGCACAACCUCCUUUAUGGUUUUGUGGGAGUGUUUUGAAUAGAAUAAGCAAGACCUGUAGCCAAUUGCUUGCACUCAAAAGUUGCUUGUGUUCUCUGUUAGAAUUUUGAAUCUUGGCAAUAUUUUGGUUUGGUACAUUCUAAAUUGGAAAGAUGAAAUGAAAUAGGCCCAGUAAUUACAAAUGUUAAUCAAUAAUUUGGCAUUAAAAAAGGUUGCAGACAUUAACAUAUAAAGGUAUUUUUAUAUA